AUGAAUCAAAAAGGAGAAGAGGACCUUUCUGAUAAUAAUCCGCUUGCUCUUAGUGAAGCUAAUCCAUGGCAACAAUAUUUUGCUGAUACUGAAAUUAGAAAGGUGAUACGCCAAGAUGUGGAACGCACCUUUCCCGAUGUUGAUUUCUUUAGAUCAAGCAAAGUACAACAAUGUUUGACUGAUAUCCUGUUCAUUUAUUGCAAGCUUAAUCGAGACAUAUCUUACAGACAAGGCAUGCAUGAAUUACUAGCUCCCAUCUAUUGGGUAAUCGCAACAGAAUGCUUAGACACAAUUGAGAUGGACCAAAACAUUCUAGAACCAACAGACAAAAUCAUAGCACAAACACUGGAUUCAGCUUAUAUAGAACAUGAUGCCUUUAUUCUAUUUGAGAAAGUGAUGAAGUAUGGAAAGUCAUGGUAUGAGUUUAAUAAUGAACGUGCACCAGAAAGGCCUUCUCAGAACAAAUCAAAGAUUGAUAUCCUUCCAGAUAAUAUACCCAAACUUAAUGAGACUGCUCGGUUAAACCCGGUAGUCGUCAUCUGUCACCGUAUACAUCACCAGUAUUUGCAUACCGUAGAUCCGCUAUUAUAUAAACAUUUGCAAGAUUUCGGCAUUGAACCACAACUAUAUGGACUUCGUUGGAUUCGUUUACUUUUUGGAAGAGAGUUUGAUAUGUACGAACUGUUGAAACUGUGGGAUGCUAUUUUUGCACAAGAUCCAACAUUUCAAAUAGUUGAAUACAUUUGCCUUGUUAUGCUCUUACGCAUGCGAGAUCAACUGCUACAAAAAGACUACGCUGAAUGUCUUAGUAUGCUCAUGAGACCAUCGCCAGUCUCAAAGCCUGCGACACUUGUUGAGCAAGCCAAAUAUCUACAAGAAAACUUGACACAGGAUGGAGCAUUACACAUUCUUCAACAAAUGGACGUUAGAUCCGGUAAAGAACCUCGUUCUUCGCUUUACGAUGGUAUUGUACUCCAGUCCCAUGAUCAGACUAGGCAGCAGAGAGCUUCUCAUCACAGACGCUCAUCUGGAACAAGCGGCGACAAUGGCUUUUCAAGGAUUACCACUAAUAUGAUGAAGAAUCCUCAAUUUAGAGAUAUCAAUAAGGCUAUCGCUGGUGUGAUGGAAACUUUUCAGAAUAAUGUUAAUAGCUUUGGAGACCCAUCGACUGUAGGAGGCUCAAGAAGAUCGACUGUAACCUCAGAUUUUCCUUCAAAUAUUGAUCGAGUAAUUCCGAAGUCGAACGUAAAGUUUGAAAGCAGCACGGCAUCUAAUAAAACGGCAAAGAAUCAGACUUCUCCUUCAAAGCUUAUCAAUAUGAAUAAGCAAAUGGGCGAAUUAGUAGCAACCUGUAUAUCUAUGCUGGAAAAAGAGAUUUUCCCACCUGUUCCAGCUGAAGGCGAGGAACCACCCAUGACUCAGCAGGAACCUACUGUGCAAUCGAAAGAGCAUACUGAAGAAACAAAGGAUGACGAUCAUACACCAGAAGAACGGGGUACUGAAGAAAAUAAACAAGUAUCGACAGAUACUGAAGACAGCAAAGGGCAUGCGGGUGGUGAUCGUAUAAAGGAUGAGGCAAGCGUCGUCAUGGCAUUAGCUGGUCUUAAACACGUACGCGACGUUCUGCUUGGCAAACAGCCAUACUUUGAUGCUAGCGUCAUGAAGCUUAAUAACCUCACAGAAAAUAACGAAGAUGAUUGGCAUAUUGUUGAAAGCAAAGAAGCAGAGUCAGCAUUUGAAGAGGCACAAAAGGAACAGGCAACAAAAUCAAAGCAAGCUGACAAGAAACUCGAAUACGAAAAGAGCAAACCGCUACCACCACUAGCUAAAAGACCAUCGUCAGUAUUCUUUGAGAGUAAACUGCCUCAGGUCCCAGUCAAGUAUGUCCCAACAAACCCAACACCACCUAAGCCUGCAGUGAAGUAUCGAAUUGAAGACUUGCUGUCCGAUCCAGAUCUUCAACUACACAGUCCCAAGUCUUCAACUAAUUCUAAGCUAAAAUGGAUACUCUCAGAGGAAAAUGAUUCUCAACCAAAUGCCAAAACAGCGCAAGAAACGCCCAAGAUGUUGACUAGGAAGCGUAGUAGUUUUAUAAUCAACAAGGCUGUCUCGGCCACAGGUAGUACGAUUGAUCCAUUGGACGCUAAAAAUGUUGAUAAUCGCAAGACGUAUGAGUUUGAUACCGUUUCACAAUAA